AUGUCUACCUUUGAUUGGGAAUCCAUUGUGCCUGCCACUCCUCUCGACCAGAUUCCUGGCGACAUCCAGCGACUGCGAAAGGGCUUCCGAUCCGGAAAGACCCUCGAUCUCAACUACCGACUGGACCAGAUUCGAAACUUGCACUACGUCCUCAGAGACAAUGUCGAGGCCAUCAAGGACGCCGUGUACAAGGAUCUCGGCCGACCCAAGCACGAGACUGACCUGUGCGAGGUGGGUUUCCUGUGGGGCGAGUUUAACAACGUGGUUGCCAACCUCAAGAAGUGGGCCGCCGACGAGGACGUCAAGACCAACCUGCAGUACUCCAUCUCCUCCCCCAAGAUCCGAAAGCGACCUCUUGGAAACGUGCUCAUCAUCUCGCCCUGGAACUACCCCUUUAUGCUGACCGUGUCUCCUCUCAUUGGAGCUCUGGCUGCCGGUAACACUGUGGCUGUCAAGUUCUCCGAAAUGGCCCCCCACACUUCCAAAAUUGUUGGCGACUUGUGCACCAAGGCCCUCGACCCCGACGUCUUCCAGGCCAUCCAGGGAGGUGUCCCCGUCGUCACCAAGACCCUCGAGCAGAAGUUCGACAAGAUUAUGUACACUGGUAACCACACUGUCGGUAAGAUCAUUGCCACUGCCGCCAACAAGUACCUGACACCCGUCAUCCUCGAGCUCGGAGGUAAGUCGCCCGUUUUUGUCACCAAGAACUGCAAGAACAUCAAGCUUGCCGCUAAGCGAGCCCUGUGGGGUAAGGUGGUAAACGCUGGCCAGACCUGUGUGGCUCCCGACUACGUGAUUGUCGAGCCCGAGGUGGAGCAGGAGUUUAUCGACGCCUGCAAGUACUGGAUUAACGAGUUCUACAGUGGUAAGAUUGACCAGUACAACCCCGACUUUGCCAAGAUCGCCACCCCCAACCACUGGAACCGACUUACCUCCAUGUUGAGCAAGUCCAAGGGAGAGAUCAUUACUGGAGGUAACACUGACGAGAAGACUCGAUUCAUCGCUCCUACUGUCGUCGCAAAGGUCCCCGACAAUGAUUCCCUGAUGGAGGACGAGAUUUUCGGCCCUCUUCUGCCCAUUCUCACUGCCCGAUCCGUCGAGGAGGGUAUCAAGUACGUGCACGAGAACCACGACACCCCUCUUGCCAUGUACGUCUUCACUGACAAGGCCUCUGAGGGCGACUACAUCCAGUCCCAGAUCAACUCUGGUGGCCUUAUCUUCAAUGACACUCUGAUCCACGUUGGAUGUGUCCAGGCUCCGUUUGGUGGUGUCGGCAUGUCCGGUUACGGUGCUUACCAUGGCGAGGACUCCUUCCUGGCCUUCACCCACCGACAAACCUACCUCAACCAGCCCAAGCUUCUGGAGCCUCUUCAGGACGUGCGAUACGCCCCCUACACCAAAACCAAGCGAAGCAUGGUCAAGAACCUGCUGCUGGUCGGCCCCAUUUUCCCCCGAACCGGCUCCGUAUACCCCAACGUGCUGAUCCGAAUCUUCCGAAAGAUUUGGUUCUGGGUCCUUAUUGUCGCCAUCGGAGCUGCUGGUGCCAAGGCUCUGCUCUAG